GGUGUUCUAAUUAUUAUGAAAUGUCUUAUGACCUAUUUGUGUAUUGGUGCCACGAAGAGGUAAUAUAAACAUGAAUUUUACGAGUCUAUCGCCAUAUGGAAUAGUGAGGACGACGAGAUGACUCGAUUACAGAAAAUAACAUUCAACAUAUUGCUACUGGUUAUACAGCUCAAUUUAUAUACAUGUAAACCAUGUAUUCGAACAUUAUGUAACACAUAUUCGUCCUUCUGUGGCAACCGAGAUUGCUGGCCAUGUAGCAACUUAAAUGGCCCAUACUGCAACCCAUACUGCAACUGCAAAAGUUUUAUUCCUAACGAAGAACCAUGUGGCAACCUUAAGUGCAACUCAAACUGCUUCCAAUGCUCUUACGACCCAACCUGCAAUAUAUACAGCAACGGUUACGAUAACCCUGGAUGUUAUUGUGAACGCUGCAACAACCAAUAUCUCAAUCCUACCGUAUAUGGGUACGAUACCUUGCCUCAACCAAGUUUCGACAGUUACAACUCGCCUUACUGGCAACCAGCGCAAAUAUGCCAGCAACCGCAGAGCAACCAGCCGCCAAUCAUCAUAAUAAAUGAUGAUGACGACGAUGAUGACCGUUGUCUGACUGACGAUAUUCUGGGUCUAUUACUGACUUCGCUAUUUAAUAAUAAUAAUAAUGCGAUCCCUCCCCCUCCUCCCAACCCUAGUAAUUGCAGAUGUUGCAACUGUAACAAUAAUAAUUGCAAUUGUGGCAACGGGUGUAAUAAUAGCAAUGAUAACAAUUGCAACAGUGGCAAUAAAUGCAGUACAACUGUGCAGAUUACUAUUGUCUUGCCUAAAAGUGAUAAUGCUACGAAACCGAGUAUUAAUAUAUCGUAAUGUAAACGAAGUUGUUUCGAAAAGU